GGCGAGAGAGAAUGAAGCGACUAAAUGCGGAAGCGCUGUCUGGGCAGUCGGUGGGCGACGGGAGGGGCCAACGGGGGAGGGGUAGAUAGGGGCGUGCCGAAGCGGUCGGACGACUGGAGUCAAUCGGCAAGUCAAGGCCCGAGUGGGGCGGGAGGGGGAGGAAUUGCCGGAAGAGGAAAUGGCAAGAUUUUGCGGAGGAGGGUACAGUGAAUGAAGAAGGUGGGGGAGGGAAGGGCCGAUGAGCUGGGCCCGAAGAAGCGUAUUGAUGAUGAUGCGCAUGCAAUGCAGCUGAAGUGAGAGCCCGGGGAGGCCACAGUGGAUGCAUUCGGCUGCCUUCAAGACUGCAGCUGCUGCGUCGUUGCUGCAAUUCACUCUCUAUCUAUCUAUCCCUCUAUCCCUCUACCUCUCUCCCUCCCUCUCUAUCUGAUCCCGUGUUUCUUUCCAACAUCUGCCGGGUCGCGACGCCGCAUCUGCUACUAUCUCUCGAGCUCCUGCGACUCUCCACCUGGAAGACAGUCGAGCUCUCUCGGGAUCCGCUUCCACGCAUACCUUCAUCUGUCGACACACCACCACCACCACUUCAACUGCGGCGAUUUUCGGCAUUCGGUCUGCGCCGUUGUUUUGGACCGUCGACGGCGAUUUCGCGGACCGAGGGGAAUAGGGCGCGGAGAGGGACGGAAUUGAGGAAUUAUCAUGGCGGGAGCAUGCACAGGGUACCAAUGGAGCCACGGGCAGUACCAGAGGUCCAAUUGCUCGCAGGAGAGCUCUACUUUCUUCAUCAUUCUGGGAUUUACCAUGCUCGUUCUGCUGGUCCUUCUGGGCCUCAUUCUCGUCAUCGCUUGCUUCAGAAGAAAUCGACGCGCCAGCGCCAGCGCCUCUUCUGGCCAAUCGGGUGCGCCGGGCAGUACAGAUGACUGCGUAAUUCAGAUGAAUGGCGCCGGUGCCGGAGCGGGAUACUUCUAUGGCAAGGAUCUCGAGGCCGUCAAGUGCGUGAUUAUGGCCGGUGAGGAUAAGCCCACGUUUCUCGCCCAUCCCGUCGCCAUGUCGCUCGUCCGGGACGAAAAUUCCAAGCAAGAAGAAAAGAAUAUCGGCGAGACCUCGAAGCAGCAGCAACAAUCGGUGGAAAUGGUUUGAUGAGUCCUGGGGCGUUGUAGUCCAAUCGAUAGCUCGAGAGCUCGAGGGAGAGAGAGCGAUAGAGGUAGGGUUGUGAUGGAGGGAGCGAGGGAGGGAAAGUAUGGGGGGAGAUUCAGGGGAGGGGUGAGUAUGGAUCGAAGAAAAAUGUACCCGCAGAGAGAGGUUCCGAGGUCGAGCUGCUUCAUUGCAAUCGAGUCGACUGGCAAUCGCUCCUCGUCUUUACGAAACGUCCCAAUGGAUGAGAUUUGUUCAGGGGUUUGAGGUGUUGGUUUUACGGAGCAUACGAGUCGGGCAUACCUUCAACCCAUUGCUGCGGUUCACCCAUAGAGGAGUCCCAUAGAACCAUGUGGCGCGGGUGAACGCGUUCCUCGAGGCACGAACGAUCAAGAGUUUAGUUCAAUUUCGCUGCACGCUGCCGAGCACAACUGGGAGCGCCAAGGGAAAAAUUUUACCGGCCCCAGCUGAAGUAAGAAGACUGUCAAAGAGCAUAUACCGUUUCUGAACAUGUUUCUCGAAGGCACGGCUCUUGAAUCACGUUUAGCACUCACUGUCAAUAAUCAAUCUGUCGAGGUAAUAGCGAAAGUCGUGAGGGGUUUUUCUAGAUUUGUACUCGUGAAAGAUCAUAACUAGCAGAUUCGUGCAUCCGUUCUUUUGUUUACACUUGCAGACAAAACCUGUACAAAAUUUUAUCCGGGUCCAGCUGUAGAGUUUAGCUCAAUUAUUCAGUAGUUAGCGUACCUACUUUCUCUUGAGGUGAUUGAGAUGUAUCAUCCAUAGGCAACUGUAUAUAACACCAGCUUGAGCUCGAGGGUUUUUAUCAUUUGUUAGCUUCCUAUAUAUCGAACAAAAUCUCACUUCUGCCAUACCCCG